AUGCUCGACAUCCACGCCCCCGAAUCUAAAUCCAUCAUCAGCCACAUCACCCAACCCGCCGAUUCCGGCACACUCACUCUUCAACACCGACAAACUCUCUCCGAGGUCACAUAUAUCCGCUCUCAACUCCAACGUACCGAGGACGCCAACGCUCUUCGUCUGGAGCUCAUCGAAGGCCAACAUCAACGCUCCAUCGAGGAACUCGAGCGAAAUCGUUGUCUGGAGAUCACAUUGUUUAAACAAAGCCGUCACACGCAAACCGUGCAGUGUAACGUACCCGGCGACUCGAAACAUACGAUAGACGAGUUGGUUCGGAAGCAUCGUGCUGAAGUAGAGAACCUGAAGCGAGAGUUUGAGAAACGUCUCGUUGAGCGAAACACGAAUUUCGGGAAGGAGAUUGGGCGUCAGCAUCGUGCUGAGAUUGUGAUGAUGCAGCGGCAGUGUGAGGUGCGGGUUAAUGAAAGUGUCCAACGUGCGGUAAAGAUGGCAGCGAAGAAAGAAGCAGAGCUUUUGAAGAGUGCGGAGGAGAGCCGGAUGAAAGAGGUGGUCGAGUUGGAGGGAAAGCUGAGGAUGCGCGAGUUGGAUUUCGACGUCGUUUGUAAGGAGGAGCAGGAAGUGAAGGAGAGGUUAAGGAAGAGGAAUUUCAGUGAUAAUUUGGCCUGUCAGGAGAGAGAAGAGCUGGUGAAGAAGAUGGAGACGACGAUUGAGGAGGCGAAGGAUCUUAUCGUUCUGGAAAGAGAUGGUCUGGGGAAAAUGUUGGCGGCGGCGAGGAUGCGUGAAAAGGAGAUGGUGAAAAUGAGGAGAUGCAUAGCGACUAUCAAGGGAGAGAACCGGACUCUGUGGAAGGAAGUCAAAGUUUUGGAACUUCUGAGGGGUAUCUCGCAACGUGAUAUCAAACUUGCUACCAACGCGGUCGAUAACCAUGCCUUGGACUACUCUACCUCUGAAUCAUCGUUCAUCUCUUUUCCCUGUGCUAGUGGUGAAGUCACUCCCGACACCUCGAUGUCUACGCACAAACGUGCACGUUCCGACAGCGAAGACUCCAUGAUGUGGUGUCGGUCAUCGUCGCUUCUGAAGCACAUCAAGUUGGAUGAGGAUCACAACUCACCCCUGCGUAUUGAUCCUUCCGAACCCAGGCCCACUCCUCCAGAGACACCUGCUCCAAUGACAGCGUCUCCUACCUCUUCCCCUCGUAAAUCUGGAGUUCUUGAGUAUCUGGACAGCAUGAGCACGAACUUAGUCUUGGACGGCGGCUGUGGUUUGAUCGCGAACCCGGCUAUUUAUCAGGAAAUGCGGAAGGCAGUCGAAGCUGAUCAGUACAAGUUCGUGAUCAGCUUUUCAAAGACCACCGACGAACUCUCGCCCCGAUCCUCUAGCUCCUCCGCUAUCGACUGCCCCACCUUUCCUCUCUCCCCAUACGGCUCGGACGCCCUUUUACACCACAUACUUGAUUUCUGCGAUACUCUCGCUGCGACGCAGGACGCAAUGCCGUCGUCUACAUCGGCUGUUUCGGAUGGCUUCGAAGAUAUGUUUCCGAUCAUGAUCUAUCGGGACCACCAUACGGGCACUGUUGUCUCUCGGUUUUUCACGUUCUCGAAGACCGACAGUCUUACGGUCACCGAUCAAUCUACACUUAUCCAGCAUGGACCUACGGAGUCGAGAUGCCCAGAGUCCGAAACAGGAGAGCAGAUAGGCGAUAACGACUCGAGGAGUGACAUGGACCUGGUGUCUAAUAGUGGUAUGGGUUCACAGAAAGUUGUCGAAGUCGGAGGGUCCUCUCGACGCAAGUGCUCCGGUAGCGCCAUCAUACCACUGAACGAUUCAAACAGUAGUGGGAGCGCACGAAGACGGAUGGCGCACUCGCUCCAAACCAGACAAAAGCACAAUACGGCGCAGCCCAAUAGCCCUAUACACGCCCAACCCGCGACUACGCCACGCGUGAAACCUAGUACGGCAGGCUCGAAUCUUGAGAUCAAGAGGUCAGUGCUCAAUAUUGUAGGGGAUGCACCGUCCUCUCAGGCUGAUUUUCUGUGGGUCCAAGACGUCAGCGUAGACAUCUAG